AUGCCAAGUGGUAGCAAGGCCAAAUAUAGCUCCAUCCAGAAGGCUCAAGCAGGCGCCAUACGAGACAGCUACAUCAAUAACUAUGGUGCCGAUAGGGAUACAGCAUCCGGAAUUGCGUGGGCCACUGUAAACAAGUUCUCGGGAGGAGGCUGCAACGGAGGCAGCGGAGAUCCGAGCCGCUAUCACAAUUACGUUCCUCCUAGCCACCAAGCCGGCGUCCGCAAUACAGGCGAUAGCACAGGCGCCAAGCCCGAGAGCUACGGUGGAGGUAACAUAAAAUCUGAGAGCUACGGCGGCGGUCACGGCUACGGCGGAGGUAACAUAAAAUCUGAGAGCUACGGCGGCGGUCACGCCUACGGCGGAGGUAACAUAAAAUCUGAGAGCUACGGCGACGGUCACGGCUACCAAGGCGGUCAUGGCUACGAAGGCGGUCACGUGAAGUCCGAGUACUAUUAG